GAAGAGGAGCUGCGGCGAGCCCCGCGCAGCCCGCCCGGCGCACCGGAGCUGCCCGGGAGGGACCCGCCGAGCACCCACUGGGGACCGUGGGGGCUGCGUGGUUGGCGGAGUGUGAAUGCAUCCCCGCAGCGAGAUGCAAAAAGCCUUAUCUGCUUGCAUUUGACUUGCGAUGCCGGCUCCUCACUAGAAUGCAAACCCUUGCACAGGAUGAAAACAGGUCAUUCUUCCAGAAUGCCAGAGGAAAGUUCGCCAAAGCGGAGUCCUCAAAACAUCCCGUACAAGGACCUGCCCCAUAUUGUCAAUGCUGAUGGGCAGUAUCUCUUCUGCAGGUAUUGGAAGCCAGCAGCAACUCCCAGGGCCCUCGUGUUUAUCGCUCAUGGCGCUGGGGAACACUGCGGCCGCUAUGACGACUUGGCCCAGAGGCUUACAGGACUUAACUUGUUUGUUUUUGCCCAUGACCAUGUUGGCCAUGGGCAGAGCGAGGGUGAUCGUAUGGUUGUCUCAGAUUUCCACGUCUUCAUCAGAGACAGCUUGCAGCACAUUGAUCUCAUGAAGAAAGAGCACCCUGAGCUGCCUAUUCUCAUUCUGGGGCACUCCAUGGGGGGAGCCAUCUCCAUUCUGACAGCUAGUGAGAGACCCAGUGAGUUUUCAGGCAUGCUGUUAAUCUCUCCUUUAGUGGUAGCCAGCCCAGAAGUCGCCACUCCCAUCAAGGUUUUUGCAGCGAAAGUGCUCAACUUUGUUCUCCCAAACCUGUCACUGGGAUCAAUAGAUCCAAAUGCAAUUUCCCGGAACAAGAAGGAGAUGGAGUCUUACACAUCUGAUCCCUUGGUCUACCACGGUGGCAUGAAGGUCUCCUUCGUCAUCCAGCUGAUGAAUGCCAUUGCCAGAAUUGAGCGAGCUCUGCCCAAGCUGACUUUGCCCAUCCUGGUGCUACACGGCUCUUCCGACAAGCUCUGCGAUAUCAAAGGGUCCUAUUUACUGAUGGACACAGUGCAGAGUCAGGACAAAACGCUCAAGGUGUACGAGGAAGCCUAUCAUGCCCUCCACAAAGAGCUGCCCGAGGUCUCUACCUCUGUCUUCACAGAAAUACUAACAUGGAUUGGCCAGAAGGUCUCAGCAGCUGGGGAAACCAGCCAUACUUAAGAGCAAUUGGUUUUGCAGCUCUUACUGGGGUUUUCUGGGAAUAGAUGCUUUUCUUAAUAGAAGUCUCUCUGAAAAAGAUCUAACGCGGAGGGACUCUUGGGAUAUUUUAUCACG